AGAUUUUGCGAGUUGAGUUCCGUAACGUCACGUCAAAAAAGUGCAACACACGAAUUUCUACCACGUUUACUAUGUAAAGAUAAUGUAGGUAUAGUUUAUUAAAACAAGGCCUUUAGGAUAUAAUUAUAUUUAAUGUCAGUAUAUAAGCUGGAUGCUUGUUAUUGGUGGUGUAAUCAUUGGACCAAGAAAUAUUGAGACAAUUAAGGCAUAACAAAGAACGUGUAAAAUGACGAUUGCCACUAGGGGCCAGGGAGUUGGCAUAGACCCUCCCGACAGCCAACAAAAUACGCAGAUGCACAGUCCACCAGGUCCACAGCAAUUGGCUGACACAAUGUCGGGACUCCAACUCACCGAGAAUGUGGUACAAACAGAAUGCAACAAUGACGCUAUCACUACAGUAGAAGAUAGCAACCAGCUUCAUGAAGAGCCUGAGUUUCCUAUUUUCAAACUUAAUAUGCUUCAUGAAAAGAUUUCUAGUCCACGAUGGGUUGUACCAGUUCUGCCCGAACAAGAAUUAGAGUGCCUGUUACAAGCCAGUAUCGAACUUUGUAAAAAAGGAAUUGAUGUACAAAGUGAAGCGUGUCAGCGCUUUUUUCGAGAAGGUCUCACAAUCUCAUUUACCAAGAUAUUAACAGAUGAUGCGGUGAACAGUUGGAAAUUAAAUAUUCAUAAUUGUAUCAAUACUAAUUGUGCACGUUUGGUGGAACUAUGUGUCCUUAAAUUAGAUGAGGACUGGUUUCCUCUACUUGAUUUAUUGGCCAUGGUUUUUAAUCCUAGUAAUAAAUUUCACACAGUAAAUGCAAUAAGAGUUUCGGAAACUGUUCCUCCUGGUAGUGAUAUUCCUGAUGAGGAACUUUAUGCUCGUCCACCAUCUGACUCACGAGCUCCUCGUGGUUGGCUAGUAGAUCUUAUAAACAGAUUUGGGAGUCUCAAUGGAUUUGAAAUUUUGCUUUCGAGAUUUCAGAGUGGACGUAAUUUAACAGUGCCAGUUAUUUAUGCUUUAAUCAGACCGUUUGGCUUAUGUUAUGAACUGUUAACUGUUCACACAAUAGUUAAAUAUCUGAUGCCUAUUGUUGAAAUGGUACCUCUUAUUUUGAAUAAUUUAACUGAUGACGAGUUGAAGAAAGAGGCAAAAAAUGAAUCAAAAAACGAUGCAAUAUCAGCCAUAAUCAAAGCUGCUAAAUGCUUGGUGUCGCGUGUGCCUCAUCAGGAAGAAAUGAUAAAGAACUUGGAAAUAUUGAGACUGAAAAUGAUAUUGAGACUCUUACAAAUUUCUUCGUUUAAUGGAAAGAUGAAUGCUUUAAAUGAAGUUAAUAAAGUAAUAUCUAGUGUUAGUUAUCACCAACACCGCAACACAAUAGCAGAGGAAGAGGAGUGGCUUACAGCAGAGCGUAUGGCAAAAUGGAUUAAAGACAAUGGAGUAUUGGAAAUCGUAUUGAGGGAUUCAUUGCAUCAGCCGCAAUAUGUAGAGAAACUGGAAAAAAUUUUACGCUUUAUUAUAAAAGAACGUGCACUUACAUUAGAAGAUUUAGACGCUGUUUGGGCUGCACAAGCUGGUAAACACGAAGCAAUUGUGAAGAAUGUUCAUGACUUGUUAGCCAAAUUAGCUUGGGAUUUUAGUCCUGAACAACUUGAUCAUCUAUUUGAAUGUUUUCAGACAAGUUGGAGAACUGCCAACAAGAAACAACGGGAAAAACUAUUAGAAUUGAUCAGGAGACUUGCGGAAGAUGAUAAAGAUGGUGUUAUGGCGCAUAAGGUAUUAACACUCUUUUGGACUUUGGCACAUUCUGAUGAAGUCCCUACAGAGAUCAUGGAUCAGGCACUGAACGCUCAUGUAAAAAUUCUCGAUUACUCAUGCUCGCAAGAGAGAGAUGCGCAAAAGGCAAUCUGGGUGGACAAGUGCGUUGAAGAAUUGAAAAAUGGUGAUAAGUGGGCUCUUCCUGCAUUGAAACAAAUUCGAGAAAUAUGUUGCCUUUAUGAACCAAAUCCCAACCUAGGUCAUAGUCAGCGUAGCCAUCAUAUGCAUUACAGACAAGAAGUAAUAGAACGUCUACAAAACGAACAUUCGGUAGUAAUUCUUGUAACAAAUAGCUUAACAAAUUAUAUGGAUAAAGUGCGACAGCUGGUAAAAGAAAAUCCUGAAAUCGAUGCAAAUACUUUUAUGCCUGAUGGUCGAUAUAAUCAUAUUAUGCAAGUGCAAGAAAGAUUAAAUUUUUUGCGUUUCUUAUUAAAGGAUGGACAAUUGUGGCUAUGUGCUGAUCAAGCAGAACAAAUUUGGCAAUGUUUAGCUGAGCAAGGUGUAUUUGUUUCGGAUCGUGAGGCAUGCUUUAAAUGGUUUUCUAAACUUAUGGGAGACGAACCGGAUCUAGAUCCAGCAAUAAACAAGGAUUUUUUUCAAAACAAUAUACUGCAGUUAGAUCCGACAUUACUUACAGAAAGCGGUAUUAAAUGUUAUGAAAGAUUUUUUAAAGCUGUUAAUUCUAAGGAAGGAAAAUUGAAACUGAAACGUAGAACAUUUCUUAUGGAUGAUGUGGAUUUAAUUGGAACUGAUUAUUUGUGGAGAGUAGUAACAAACAGCCCAGAAGAAAUUGCAAACAGAGGCAUAGAACUCUUAAAAGAAGUGAACACUAAUUUAGGACCACGGUUGCAGUCGUCUGUUUUAGCAUUUCAUGAAACAUAUAUAGCGGAAUGUAUGGACAGAUUGAAAGCUCAUUACGAUACUGUGACUGUUUUAAGCAGAGUAUAUCUAGACGGAAAGGAGGAUCGCGAAGAACAAAUGACAAACAAGAUUAAAAUGGAAGCCAUAAAAAUGUGUCGUGUUAUGAAAGUCUUACAGGAAUACAUAAACGAGUGUGAUACAGCUUUUCCGGGAGAACGAAAAAUAUUACCGUUACAUAGAGCAGCUCGUGGCAAGCAUCUAUCACUUGUUAUUCGUUUUGCGAGUCCUGGUCGAAACGUUGACGAUAUAGAUAUCUUUACCCACAGCAAUGACACUUUAGCUUCAUUGAGACGUCAAAUAUUACGCAGGAUUAAAGCAAGCGGGACAAAUGUAAAACUCGAUUUAUUUAUUAAUGGAGAAUCGCUAGAACAAUCCGAUGAUAGAAAACUCCUUUCUCAGAUUCCCCUCAGAGACAAAAUGUUAUUGUCUGCAAAGCUCAGUCAAGUAAAUAGCAAUAUGCCAAGCUCACCAGAUAGUAGCUCUGAUAGCUCUACUAGUUCUCCGCAUCAUCCAUACGACGGGCCGAAUGUAGAGGCAGAGAAUAGUUUACCUGGUGUGGUAAUGUCACAAAGAUCGCAAUAUGCGACAUUUUUCUUUCAAUUAGCAGAUCUUGGCUGUUCUCUUCAGCAUUCACAAUUGCGUGAUGGUGCACGAAAUCUCUUACAAUUAGUGCCGCCAGAUACCUUUACUGUAACAAGAUUACAGUGGCUAUUUGGUCAUUACAAAGACGAUGAAGCUUUACAGAACCCUUCUCAUUGUAACGAGCAGAAUACGACUGUAGAUUCUCUAUUUUUUACUGCAAGUCCUAGCCAAGUUUUAUACAAUUUAGAGGUGUUAUACACUUUGUUGAUGCCAGCUCUUGAUCCUAUGUCAGACAGAGCAUUUGAAUUUCAAUAUAAUUUCAUAAAAAGCGGCGAAGCGGGCGUUAUUCUCGAUAUGCUAACCAAAAAUAAGUUUUUACCAAAUGCAGAUGAAACCACGAAGCGGUCUGCAUAUCUAACUGUGCUGAGAUUGUGCAAACUUCUUCUUACAGUGAUGGGUAAUGUGAUGGCAUGCGUAAUGGAUGAAGUUCAGCAAACUGGAACUUCGGAGAAUCACGACAAUCAUGUUAACAACCGCGGUCGAGUGACUGUAUUGAAACAGGCCCUUCAAAGUGUACCGAAUCAAAGUACCGAAUACAUGUUAAGAAGUGUGGCAGCCAAACUAGCACAGCAUCUGGCGCAUCGAAUGCUAUCAGGCGGGCCCGAGGCUGAUCGAUGUCGACAGCUUUUCGUGCAGGCCCUUUCAUGGGAAUUACCGGAUGUGGCUACUAUACGUGCCAUAAUUAGACUAGCGUGGGCCGCAUCCACGGGUAACUUGAACAACAUUAAUGCAUCGAAUGAAGUGCUUCAUUCGAUGCACGAGACUAACCAAAAAGAACAGAGAAAUCCCGAUAAUAACGACGUCCUUGUGUGCAAGGAAGCACUCGAGGUACUGACAAUCGCUCUCGUAUUGAAUCCAUCGGCAUUAGAAACAUUGUCGAGAGACAAAAUAUGGCAUACCUUCUUGAUAGAUCUCGUGCUACUUAGUACGUCAAGAGCCAUCAGAAUCGCUGCCGGCGAACAAUUUUUUCUCAUAUCGACAUGGUGCAGUGGUGGACACCAAACGCUACUGGUCACUGUAACUCUUCUCUUCACCGUUUUAAACAGUACCGUUAUGGAAAACGCGAAACAGAGUCACGAGUACUUUCAGCUUUUGUGCCGAUUGUUGAACUUCGCGCAUAUGUCAGGUUGUCCCCUCACGACCGCAGAGACACUAUUAAACGUCGAAAUAGCUUGGUUGAAAAAAGUUCGCGAUAACGUGAAGGAGACUGGAGAGAGUCAGGUGGAUGAAGCCUUGCUCGAGGGUCAUCUUGGUCUAACGAAGGAACUGUUAGCCUUCCUGCCAUCAAAUCAGAAAUAUGAGAUUGGUUCUGACGAGAAGCACGGGGUUAAUUUGAUUAAGGAACUGGUCGAGGAUUUUGUGUUCCCCGCAUCUCGCCUCAUGCUGCAACUUCGUAGUACCGGCGAACUCAGCGCUUCACAAGCGUGUCCAGUUUGCACUACCCCUCAAUCAACCAGCGCUGCGUUCGACUUGCUCGUAGGUCUUUGCAUAGGCUGUGUACCCAACAUGAAACUUCUAGUCACAAUGCUCACCGACAUGUUUUACUCCGAGAAGGACGAACCAUUAGUGGAGUGGGAUUAUUUACCGCCUGUGGGGCUUAGGCCACUUAAAGGCUUCGUAGGCUUGAAGAAUGCAGGAGCAACUUGUUAUAUGAAUUCAGUAUUACAGCAAUUGUACAUGGUGGAAAGCAUUAGAGUUGGACUUUUGGCAGCAGAAGGCGCGGCGACUGAUUUGAACGAGGAUUUUUCGGGCGAGGAGAGAAUUGAAGGGGAGCAGACAAUCGAAACAAAUGAUAAUGAUACGAACGAAGAAAAGUGUGGUGCCGAUGAAUCCAGAAAGGAAUAUAAUAUUGGUAUUUUAAAACAAGUGCAAGCAAUAUUUGGUCAUCUGGCUUACAGUAAAUUACAAUACUACAUACCUAGAGGACUAUGGAAGCACUUUAAGCUUCAAGGAGAACCUGUAAAUCUUAGAGAACAACAGGAUGCAGUAGAAUUCUUCAUGAGUUUGGUAGAGAGCCUAGAUGAGGCAUUGAAAGCCUUAGGACACGAGCAGAUAAUGGGCAAGAUUCUUGGUGGCUCAUACAGCGACCAAAAAAUCUGCAAAGGUUGCCCUCAUAGAUAUUCCAAAGAGGAACCAUUCAGCGUGAUAAGUGUUGACAUACGGAAUCACAGUAAUUUAUUGGAUUCUCUUGAGCAAUAUGUGAAGGGAGAACUGCUGGAGGGUGCAGAUGCCUAUCAUUGUGAUAAGUGCAACAAAAAGGUUGUAACAGUAAAGAGAUUAUGUGUGAAAAAGCUGCCGCCUAUUUUAGCAAUUCAGUUGAAAAGAUUUGAAUAUGAUUUUGAGCGUGUGUGUGCUAUAAAAUUUAACGAUUACUUUGAGUUUCCACGUGAUCUGGACAUGGAACCUUACACUGUCUCCGGUUUAGCUAAAUUGGAAGGAGAAGUCAUAGACUGUGAUUAUGAGGAAUCUAUAAAGGGAACGUGCACGAAGUAUCAAUUAACUGGUAUCGUCGUUCAUAGUGGUCAGGCUAGCGGUGGCCAUUAUUAUUCUUACAUUUUGCACAGACUGAAUGAUGGUACAGCAAAGUGGUACAAGUUUGAUGAUGGUGAUGUAACAGAAUGCAAAAUGGAAGAGGAGGAAGAGAUGAAAUCUCAAUGCUUUGGUGGUGAUUAUUUAGGAGAGGUAUUCGAUCAUAUGCUCAAGCGGAUGAGUUACCGCAAACAGAAACGAUGGUGGAAUGCGUAUAUGUUAUUUUAUACAAGACUAGAUGUAGAAGAAAAUUCUCUAAUGAAAAGUGUAAAUGAAUUGUCAUUGUAUACGAAACUAGGAGUUAUGAAAAUGCCAUCAGCAAUAGAAUACAGUGUACGAAAGCAAAAUAUAAAAUUUAUGCACAACCGAAAUCAAUUUAGUGCUGAAUACUUCCAGUUCAUCAAGAAAUUGGUGUCCUGCAAUCCUCACAAUAUUAAUCGGCAAAAUCUGAAUGAAAAACUUAGCCCUGAAGCGGAAGAACUUGCGAUGCUAUCUCUUCAGUUAGCAUCAAGGUUCCUUUUUUAUACAGGUUUCCACACUAAGAAAACAUUACGUGGUACGGCAACAGAUUGGUAUGACAUCGUAUGUCAUCAUUUGCGUAGCAGUAAAACAGUGCGCUCUUGGUUCGCUAAUGAAGUGCUGUUCAAUCAUCCACAUAGAUUUUGCGAAUACCUCUUGAGUUGUCCUAGUACGGAGGUGCGCACUGCUUUCCUCAAAAUUUUGGUAUUCCUCGCACAUGUUUCUUUGCAAGAUGGUCCAUGUGCUCCGCCCAGUUUAAACGCACCGACUAUACUUUUAGAUCCAGUAGCAACGCUCAGUGAUCACUUGUUACAUGCGGUACUGUCGCUGCUGCACCGUGAAAUUUCGGAUCACGGACGUCAUCUUCCUCAUUAUUUUUCUCUCUUUCAUGCGUAUGCUUCGCUUGGUCUUGCCGAAAAGGCGCAACUGCUUAAGCUAAAUGUACCAGUUACGUUUAUGUUAGUCGCCAUCGAUGAAGGUCCAGGUCCUACUAUAAAAUAUCAGUAUCCGGAAUUGACUAAACUUCAUCAAGUAGUUAGCAUGUUAAUACGAUGCUGUGAUGUAUCGUCGAAAGUACAUUCGAGUCAGCAGCCUCGUGCAGAACCUUUACCAAAUCCAUAUGGCGAUCCCGCGUGUCAAUCAGAGUAUCUUAUGCCUAUCCAAUCACAAGCAGCUGACAUAUUGUUUAUUCGUACUAGUUACAUUAAGAAAUUGAUUGAGGAUGCUAAUGUGACUGAAGAUACAGUUAAAUUAUUGCAAUACUGUUGUUGGGAGAAUCCACAUUUGUCACGAACAGUUCUUAGCGAGCUGUUAUGGCAGAUAGGAUUCGCUUAUACUCACGAGUUAAGGCAUCAUACAGACCUGCUGCUUGCGAUACUAUUGAUGGAGGAUUCAUGGCAGACACAUCGCGUACACAAUGCACUUAAGGGAGUUCCCGACGAACGAGAAGGUUUAUUUGAAACGAUACAAAGAAGUAAAAAUCAUUAUCAAAAAAGGGCUUACCAGUGUAUUAAAUGUAUGGUGCAGCUCUUUAGUAAAUGCAGACCAGCACACCAGCUUUUACAUCACAGUCCAGAGUUGAAAAGAAAAUGGAGUCACGCCAUUGAUUGGCUCCACGACGAACUUGACAAAAGACCAUAUGCUUCUACGGCGCCAUACACACACGCGUAUAACAACUGGUCGCCACCAACACAAUCUAAUGAUUCUGCAAAUGGCUAUGUUUUGGAACGUAGUAAUAGUGCAAGGAAGACAUUGGAGCGAGCAUGCGAACUGUGUCCUGAUGUUGAAGAACCUGAAGUUGAAGAUACAAGUGAAGAUUGUGCGGAAGAAGCAGAAAAAUAUCAACAUACAUAUAAAUAUCAAUCUAUCAAUCCAACCAAAUAUCAAGUCCGAAGUACUAAGAGACGCAAUAACAGAAGUUUAGCAUGGGCAUCUAUGGAGUAUCAUCCCGACUUUACUAUGAUCCAACAAAUGCAAGAAGAACAACAACCUCAACCAGGACCUUCUCCAGUACAUACACCCCACUUAGCGCUUCAAAUGCAUAAUCCGCAAAACUGUGAGUCGUCACAAAAUACCAGCCAGGAUCCAUAAUGAACGCUGAAUACUGACGUUUUACCAAGUUGCUGCCUCAGUGAAACAAUUUCGGGAUACUUAGAUAUUACUGCGCCAGCAGCUUGGUGGCGAGCGGUAGCAGCACAUGUACAGAUAUAACAAGUGAGGAUUUGUUUUUUUAGUGGUCAUUCUUUAACGAACUCAUGCUAAUCUCUUAGUUUCACUGUGGGUAGUUACUUUGAUAAUAUGACGCGCUAUGAAUGUUCGAACUGUAAUGAUGAAGUGGAAAACGAUUCUGAAUGAAAAGUGAAUUAACGCAUGCUGGUUGAGGCAAUCCAUUUUGAACGACAGUUUCUUUCUCCUUAAUCUCGACCAGCUCUGUAUCUCCCCGACCAUUUGGCUUCCAAUUCUAUGACAAUUUGACAAAAAAAAACCCCCCAUCUUUUCUCAAGCAAUCGAUAAAGCUGAUAGUACAGCUAGAAGUUUCAUUUGCCUCGAUUAAUGCAUGUGGAUUCAAGCUUAGGAAUAUCGUAAGAUUGUAUAAAUGUAUAGCGAGUAGUGUGUUACGGAAUCCCUCUGCCGAUUAGAAGACAAAAUAUAAACCAUAAUUUUCCGUAUGCCUAUGUAAAUUUGUUACUAAUAAAAAAAAAGAAGGGAAGUUGAAAUGGAACUUUCUAACGAUCGAAAGAUAUGACUAUAACAAAAAGGGAAAUGAGCUAGUAUGUUCUCAUCUCAUUCAGAGAAAGCACAGUUAUCAUGAAAAAACUAUGCUCUAACAAAUACAUAUAUAAAAAUAUAUAGCUACGCUAUAUAUGUAUACAUAGCUUUUGCUAUUUCAUCUUUUAACAACAAUAAAAGAAUCCUUCUUGUACUUAAUAACUCGAGAUUUCUGGAAGAAAGACACUUAUCGGCGGCCUGCCGCGCUGCUAAAUUUCAACAUACGCCAAUGAUGCCUCCAGUUGUGCUUUCUUUCAGUUCGACCGAUUUGAAAGAGUUGUGCCUUCGACAUUGUGCGACUCCCAUUGUACUUUUAGGUAGAUUUUAAGAAUCAAGUUGUUGCUUCAAAUUUGAUUGCUUAUACUUCGCUUGUUGAGUUGACUAUAGAAAAGAAAAGUGAAAAGAAUCUAGAAGGUUGUAUAAUUGAAAACGCGUGGGAUACGACGAGAGAUAAUUUCGUCGAUGGAAAGAUAGAUCGGAACGUAUUUCAGAGCCCAAAAUGAAAUGGGCCACUUUAGUUUAUUAUGACGCACGUACACGUUAAAUACGACGUCGAGUUGUCGAAUGUAUGGGCAGCUGCUUGAAAACGGAACCUCAUCCGGAGUCCAAAUUUUUACGAAGAAAAGGAAUUGAAAAGAGCGGUAGUGAGACGCAAAAAGGAUAUGGAGCAAACAAAUACUAGUUUGUAUCGUUGUAUGAUACGAUUCAUCGUUGAUAGAGCUGUGGUCUUUUCGCAAAAGUUGUGAAAGCGAUCAUGGCAUAUAUCGUUUCGGCAAUCGUCCGACAUAUUACGUAACGGAGAUGCAUUCUAUAGGAGAGAACGUGGACUAUGCGACGAACGACCCUCGAAUUUAUGAACUGGCCAUAGCUCUGACUUAUUAAAUAACGUGUGUUAUAUAUAGAUAUUAUAUAAAAAUAAUCUUUAAAAAGAGAGAGAAAAGAGAAAAAAAAGUCGCGCGUGUAACAUGGAAUAAGCGAGCCGUGUGUAUACAUAAGAUUUCGUGCGAAAAACCAACGACUAUGUCAAGACACCAGGAAGUAAUGACGUAUUGCUUAUUAUUAUUCGUAUUUAUCGAAUACAGAAUUAAACAGUGUACCAAAUUAUAUAAUAACUUCUAUUGAUUAAAUGAUAAUGGUACCUAAUCUUACUCAGACAUGUACAUAUAGACAACCGCUUUUUAUAUGUGAUAAAAAAAUUAUUAUAUUCCUAUUAUAGAUUGAGAUUUAGACAAACGCUAUUGUAAAUCCUGGUUUUUGUACACAGACUGUAUGCUAAGUUCACUUUUGUUAACACGAACUGUAGUCUAUAAUUAUUUAAUAUUUAAUUAUAUCACUAAAUAAGUGUAUAAUGUACAAUAUUUGAUUUUCUUUCUAUUUUUUUUUAAAUUACUUCAAAAGAUGAUAUGGUUUACAAACUGGAAGUGUCAUGAAUACUAGUGUCAUUUAUCUUAUGCGUGGUAGAGAAAUAAGGAAGACAUAAAUUACGAGACAUAGCCGAGCGCAUUGUUUCUAAUCAGUGACAGACAGAAUUUCCGGAAUAUCGUUUCUCAUAUUUUUUUUUUAUCAUCGAACAAAGUAGCUCGGUAUUGUCGCGCAAGAAGAAAAGAAAGGAGGUAUGCAAAGGGCAAUAGAGAUUGCGAUAGGAUUUUAUUUUUCUGUGCGUAACACAGGGUCAGAGAUUAAGAUCAGUAUAAUUUCAUUAAUUUAUGGAGGUACGUGAAAGUUGCCUGUAUGAAUUCGUUUGCGAAACUCAAAAGACGAAACUCGAUUGGUGCGAGGUUUUUUCUCGCGUACGCGAGAAUUUCAACCCGUCGAAAUUAUACCGAUUUCCACAAUGCUUGUGCGUAACGAAAAAGAGCGUGAGGAAAGAGAAAGGUGAUUGUGUAGCAACGUUUACAUGAGACGUAUACGCGUUCCCAUUCUACGGAUAAACUAGAAGGAAAUACUGUAUUAACACUGCUUAAUACGUUGCGUACACAUAGUCGUCGUGAAUUUACAUUUAUUUCAGAAUACGAGGGUCGUCGAAUAAAAAAAAAAGAAAAAAAAAUAAUCAAAAGACUCAAAGGCAAAUGUAUAUGAACUAUAACGUGCAUUAUCGCAUGUGUCGUUCUUGCGUCGCCUGCAUGCGAAACGCACGUGAGAUCAGAGUGGUAUCGUUCUCGAGAUCGUAUGCAGUUAUAAUUCUCACAAACGUAGCAAAGGGAAAAGAUGAAGAAGAGGAAGAAUGAGAAGAGGACGAAGAGAAGGAAGAGGAAAGAGGAAGGAAAGAUUUGUCAUCGACGUUCUCUUUAGUUCUAGUUCUAAAGAUAAUUUUAAUUGUAUUCAGCGCAAAUGACGCUCUAGUCAGUAAAAUUACGAAUAAACGAAAGGAGAUUAACAGCUUUCGUUCAUUUAAUCUGCGUGACGUUCUCGAAGCGUCCGGUCGACGACGCGUGUAUCCAACAAGACCACCAAGGGAAUCACCAUCGUUCUCGUCGUCAUCGCCACUUUCAUCAAAUGGGCCACGAACGUUUCUGCAGACGCGUACUUCGCAUUUUCUCGUUUGCCUUUAACGUACGAGGGGCUCGUCGCUUGUAACUACCUCGACAGGCAGUGUGUCUACUCCAUGUUUUUCGUCUUGAUCCUCGAGCAAUCCUGCCCUGAAGAAAGAGAACGCGCACGCUGAUGCUCUUUAUAUUCGAUUAUCCUGUGAAAGAAUGAGAAAAUGUUAUUAUUAGAACAUUAGUUGUAAUAUUAAAUUUACUAUUAGUUCUAAUCUGAAUCUUUCCAAGAGAGAUUUCCUCGUUCGCGAAAAUCAUAGAGGUUUCUUGAAAAAAAAAGAGCAUCCGCUUUCGCUUCUGAACUAUUUUGUGCAUCAGCGUGAUCGUUCGAGUUAUCGGUGUCGCUUUAUUUUGUUAGUUAGCGUCUAAGAAACGAACGAGGUUCGUCGGACAGGUCACUGGUCACGAAUUGAUGUUCGGAUCGAGGAUCCUCAUCAAUUUAAUAACACUGAUUGUAAAUUUCGUAAUUUAACAUCGACCCGAAUGUCACGAUUCUCAGGCCAGUUGGGUGCUCCGCAGAUGUAAUCUUUACCAAAGUCAGAUACCAGAAGCAUAUGUUUUCUAAUGACUCCUUAUUCACUGGCUAUGCGUAUUGUAUAUUUACGUUUGUGUAAAAAUACUUUUUGCACAUGAUUUGUAAUUCUUUGGAGUGCGAACGUCGAAGAACGAUCGUACGAUAUCCUUGACAUUCAGAUAUCACAACGUACUCCUUUUUACAUUAAUUAAUUUAAACGUUAGAUAGUUUGCUUCAGAAUGCGCGAUUGCAUAUCUUCGAAAGCUUUAAAGAUGCCCAGUAAAAAAAGUUUAUAUAUAAUUACAUAUAUAUUUAUACUUGAAUAUAUGUAAAUUUUUUUUAUAUCGGGUAGAAUAUAAAGAUUAGAGCAAGGAAGAAAUUUAUAUCGAGAAAAAGAGAAAACUUGAUUGAGAGAAUUUUUUUUUUAGAAUGAAAAGAGAACCCCGAAAGAAGAAACUAACUUAAUAUUCGCAUAAUACACCGAAAUAUCCUAUCGCCUAAAAUUUUUUCCAGCUUGUAAUGUACAAUUUUUAGGGAGGAUUACGUUGUAUGCGGAAGAAAUGUUAUAUAAUUUACGUUUACACGCGUAUACAUAAACAGGCUUGUCCUGUUGCAAGUACUAUUUAGUUUCUACGCUUUCUUCGCACGAAACCAAAUACUAGUGCUUUGCAAAGGAGGAAGAGAGAGUGAUAGAAGGAAACAGAGCAAAGGCAAGAAACAUGACGCAAAUAAAUCAACCACAUAACUGAAUCCAAGGCUUUCCUAUACCGAAUCGCGUCGUGGCGAAAAGAUGAAAAUGUAAGAGACUCGCGAGCGCAUUACUAAUUAAUAAAGUUAGGAGAAUAUUUAUAUGCGGUGUACGGAAUAUCUGAUUUUUGCGUGAUUGUUUAACGUUUUUUCGUUCUAGCGGGACUCUGGAAAUUGUCAUUUCGUAUAAUUCAAUGCCACAUAAGAAAUCCGAUUAGACGCGAAACGUAAAAUGCGCGAAGAAAUGAUUGAAACGUGAAAAUGUCAAAGAGACAUGAAAUAUUUUUGAACGUUAAUGAUGUUAAGUAAUAUUUGAAAAGAGGCCGAAUUUGAAACCUCGGGUAAUUGUGUUGUGGUAUCAAACUGAUCGAUGGUGAUUGAUUAGCGAAUAAAGAUAACAAUUGUAUUUAUGCAAGGUACAAGAUAUAAUUAAAUGUAAGGAUCCUGCACAGGAUCGUACUAACUUACUAUUCAUAAGGCGAAUAUGACAUAUGAAUUCAUGAGAGCAUACGAUUCAUGGAAUUCACUAAUAAUAGCGUUAAUGUUAUAUGUCCAUGAAUUAUGCACAUAAACGUGGUUUUUUAACGAACAAUUGCCGAUUUAAAAAUUAAAAUAGAGUGUCUAAUUUAUUCUUAUGUAUUCCAACAGAAAAAAAAUUGAUAAUAUGCAGCUACGAAGAGCUAAAAUGGAUAGACAGUACGCACUGCAUGCGAUAAUGAGAGAAGAUAUCCAGGUGGAAAUUGACACAUGAAAAAAGAAAUUAAUAUGAAAUUAACGCAAUUGUGACACAUCUAAAAAAGAAAUUAAUAUGAAAUUAACGCAAUUGUGAAAUAUCUAAAGAUGCAACGACGCCAAAAGAAGUCCUCGUUCUUAGAUUUUCGAAGAAUUUUGAAUAAUGAUUAGCUCUCUGUGGCAUUGGGAAUAGCAAACAGAGAGUACAUUGAAUUCCGAUUUUCGAAGUUACUCUCAUCCUUUAUUCGAGUCGCUCGUAACAAGGGGAUGAGAGAGGAAACAUAAUUUGAAAUUGUUAGAUAGAGUAGAAUAUAAAUUAUAACACAAAAAUGGUAUCAAAAUAAUUUAAAAAUGAUUAUUAAAAAUAGUAUUUGAUAAUUCAUUCGAUAACGAUUCAAAAAACGUUAUAUCAUGACCUGUUGUCCUGUUUAGGAAAGCUCUGUUAAUUUGACGCAAUCGCUCUAAUAAAAUAUUACGGAUGAAAUGGAAUAUACUCCAGUAUAAUUUUUUGCUGUUGUAAUACAUACGCGAAAUCUUAUAGGACUUCUCAAAGCGAUUCGCAGUGAAUUUGGAAGGGAAGUCGAGAACAUUGCAAGCGUGUAAAAAGAAAAUUUUUAAUCGUGUAUUUUAUUUGUUAGGAUUUGUUAAUAAUGCUGUAAACGCGUUACUUUCAAAUAAUUUUAAUUUUACAUUAAUUUUAUUUUAGUAAUAAUUUUCAUAAUUCAAUUUUGCUAGCAUCGUGUAUUAAUAAUCAAAUACGUUCACGCUUGUUGAAUGUUUCUGGUGGAUCCUCCUCGAGGAUCAUUACGAUAAAAGACGUAAGGACGAGCGUUUUCGGAUAAGGAAAUCGCCCGCAUAACAUUUUCAUUCAUUUCGUCCUCGCGUAAUUUCUCAGAUUCUUGGUUAUAUACAAUCAGGACUCAUUCUCCGGGAAUAUAAUACGCAAAUGACAUAAAAAAAUCUGAAAAGACGUUUGGAAAAACGUCUGAAGGGGAGAAGGGACUUGCGAAAUACAUUAGAAUUUAAUCCUAAAAUAGAAUCUAAUAGACUUGAGAUGUUGAGAUCGAAAUUUUUCGAUCGUUCGUUCUUAUCAAUGCCCUAAUUCGUGUCAGAUCUGGCAGAAAGGAGAAGCGAAGCUAGCGAGAUACAGAUUUCCCGUCGACGUGCUGAAAUUCUAUAGGCGAUUCUAUAAAAAGAGAAUGCAAAAGAAGCGCUCAGAUCGCUCUACGCGCUACAUAUCCGUUUGGCGCAUUUAUGCAGGCAUUUUCUAUUUUAAACUCGUAAAAUCGACUCGCCAACCGAUCCUGCGACCCUUCCCCACGCCGCCGACCCGCGCGAUUAUUUAUGGUCCCUCGCAGACUCUCUUUCGAUAUACAUAUUAUAUAUAUAAAUAUAUAAAUAUAAGUAUAAUUACUAUAAGAUUGUAUAUUCUUAAUUAGACGCAACAUGCUGGCGAGCGCGCGCGCGGUCGCUGGGGUGAUUUGAAAUAAAAUUGAAAUUGCACACGGCCACACACACACACACACACACACACACACACACACACACUUAACACGUAUAAGCAUGUACACAACAACGAAUAAACACAUACACAAAAAUAUAAAUACGCACGGGGGGUUGCGGGCGACGGUUUGCCAAUUUUCGCGAGGGGUUUUCACUUACGAACGGGCGACGCCCGCGUAUCCUGCGUGUUUCGCAGUAAGGAGACCUCUGCCGCCUCCGGAAAAACUUUUGUGUAUUAUUUCUAACAGAAUGUAAUAAAGUAAAGUUUAAACAGA